UCGAUCUGAAUCCGUAAUGGACUGCUGAAUUGGGAAUUGCUGCAGACCAACAGUGCAGUACUGCUUGCUGCUUCAUUUAUUACUAGUUAUUUAAAUUGGACUUUUAAUAUCCUGCCAGCUGCUCUUCACACACACAUGGUGCAUUGUUGCCAUUCUCAGAAUUGCAUCUUUGAAAUCCAGACCCUCAGUAACCUUCAUCGAACAAAGAGGCGACCUCCUGCGUACACUCGUAGAGGGAUUUUUUGGACCUGCUGCCCUCUAGCUUUCUUGCUGGUGCUAUAUUUCUAAGACACUAUGGAGCCCAGUAUGGAAUAUUGCUUAGCGCAGGUGCUGCAGAAGGACGUCGGAAAGAGACUUCAAGUUGGCCAGGAAUUAAUAGAUUACUUCUCAGAUAAACAGAAAUCAACUGAUCUUGAACAUGAUCAGACUAUGCUGGAUAAAAUGGUUGAUGGACUGGCUACUUCCUGGGUAAACUCCAGCAACUAUAAGGUGGUGCUGCUGGGCAUGGACAUCAUCUCGGCGCUGGUGUCGCGCUUGCAGGACCGCUUCAAGGCGCAGAUCGGCACAGUGCUGCCCAGCUUGCUCGACCGCCUCGGAGACUCUAAGGAUCUGGUGCGGGAGCAGGAUCAGACCUUGCUGCUGAAAAUCAUGGAACAGGCCGCCAAUCCACAGUACGUGUGGGAUAGGAUGCUAGGAGGAUUCAAACACAAGAAUUUCCGGACAAGAGAAGGGAUUUGCCUCUGCCUUAUUGCAACGCUCAAUGCAUCUGGAGCUCAGAGUUUAACACUGAGCAAGAUAGUGCCACAUAUAUGUAACUUACUUGGAGAUCCAAACAGCCAGGUCCGAGAUGCAGCAAUAAACAGCCUCGUGGAGAUCUACCGGCAUGUUGGCGAGCGCGUGAGGGCUGAUCUCAGCAAGAAGGGACUCCCCCAGUCUCGGUUGAAUGUAAUUUUUACAAAAUUUGACGAGGUCCAAAAAUCUGGAAACAUGAUCCAGAGCUCGAGUGAUAAGAAUUUUGAUGAUGAAGACUCCGUGGAUGGGAACAGACCUUCCUCAGCCAGCUCCUCUACAUCCUCAAAGGCCCCUUCCAAUUCCCGCAGAGUUGGGAUGGGGACUGCCCGCAGGCUUGGCUCUGCAGCUCUGGGCUCAAAGUCUUCAACAGCCAAAGAGGGAGCAGGUGCUGUUGAUGAGGAAGACUUCAUUAAAGCAUUUGAGGAUGUCCCAACAGUUCAGAUCUAUUCCAGCCGAGAUCUUGAAGAAUCCAUAAACAAAAUAAGAGAGAUACUGUCAGAUGAUAAGCAUGACUGGGAACAGAGAGUGUCUGCUCUGAAGAAGAUCCGCUCCUUGCUCUUGGCUGGAGCUGCAGAAUAYGACAACUUCUUCCAACACUUACGACUUUUGGAUGGAGCAUUUAAAUUAUCCGCUAAAGACCUGCGAUCUCAAGUAGUGCGAGAGGCUUGUAUCACACUGGGACAUUUGUCAUCAGUUUUGGGAAACAAGUUUGACCAUGGGGCAGAAGCCAUCAUGCCAACAAUUUUUAAUCUAAUUCCCAACAGUGCCAAAGUCAUGGCCACUUCUGGUGUUGUAGCAGUUAGAUUAAUCAUUCGACAUACGCAUAUCCCUCGAUUAAUACCCAUCAUAACAAGUAAUUGUACCUCCAAGUCUGUUGCUGUUAGAAGGCGCUGUUUUGAAUUUUUAGACUUGCUGUUGCAAGAAUGGCAAACUCACUCCCUAGAAAGACACAUAUCAGUGUUAGCAGAAACAAUAAAGAAGGGAAUCCAUGAUGCGGACUCAGAAGCCAGGAUAGAGGCAAGAAAGUGUUACUGGGGUUUUCAUGGUCACUUCAGCCGAGAGGCAGAGCAUUUGUAUCACACCCUGGAAUCAUCCUACCAAAAGGCCCUGCAGUCCCACUUGAAGAACUCUGACAGCAUUGUGUCCUUGCCACAGUCAGAUCGCUCCUCUUCCAGCUCUCAGGAGAGUCUCAACCGUCCGUUGUCUGCCAAAAGAAGUCCUACUGGAAGCACUGCAUCUAGAGCAUCUACAGUAAGUACAAAGUCAGUGUCAACACCAGGAUCUCUGCAGCGAUCCCGCAGCGACGUGGACGUGAACGCAGCAGCUAGUGCCAAGUCUAAAGUGACAUCUGGAGCAUCCACCCCCUUCAGUUCUGCUGCAGCCUUGCCCCCAGGCUCAUAUGCAUCACUAGAUGGUACUACCACUAAACCCGAGGGUAAGCAGUCGCUCUAUGUUAACCGAGGUCGGAUUCGUACCAGGAGACAGAGCUCUGGCAGUGCCACAAGCGUCACCUCAACGCCUGCUGACUCCCGAGGACGUAGCCGGGCUAAAGUAGUUUCACAGUCCCAGCGAUCCAGAUCAGCUAAUCCUGCUGGUGCUGGCAGUCGGUCUAGUUCUCCGGGUAAACUCUUAGGAAGCRCCUAUGGUGGCCUGAGCAGUGGAUCAUCCAGAGUCCAGGUGGUGUCAUCGUCAUCAGAAAAACGCAGCAAGAUCCCUCGGAGCCAGGGAUGCAGUCGGGAGACGAGUCCCAACAGGAUAGGACUAGCACGGAGCAGUCGCAUCCCCCGACCCAGCAUGAGUCAGGGGUGCAGCCGCGAUACCAGCCGCGAGAGCAGUCGAGAUACAAGCCCUGCUCGGGGCUUCCCGCCGCUCGAGCGGUUCGGGCUCGGCCAGCCCGGCAGGAUGCCUGCUUCCGUGAAYGCCAUGCGAGUCCUGAGCACGAGCACCGACCUGGAGGCUGCCGUGGCCGAUGCACUGCUGUUAGGAGACUCCAGGAGCAAGAAAAAGCCUGUGAGAAGAAGGUACGAGCCCUACGGGAUGUACUCCGAUGAUGACGCGAAUAGCGACGCGUCGAGCGCCUGCUCCGAGCGCUCCUACGGCUCCAGGAACGGCGGCAUCCCGCACUACCUGCGACAAACAGAGGAUGUUGCCGAGGUCCUGAACCACUGCGCCAGCUCCAACUGGUCCGAAAGGAAAGAAGGGCUCAUAGGUCUUCAGAACUUACUGAAAAGCCAGCGGACACUCAGCCGAGUUGAGUUAAAAAGGCUGUGCGAGAUAUUUACUCGGAUGUUUGCUGACCCUCACAGCAAGAGAGUCUUCAGCAUGUUUUUGGAAACGCUGGUUGAUUUCAUCAUCAUCCACAAAGAUGACUUGCAGGACUGGCUUUUUGUUCUCCUGACCCAAUUGCUAAAGAAAAUGGGAGCAGAUUUGCUGGGGUCUGUGCAGGCAAAAGUUCAGAAAGCCCUGGAUGUCACAAGAGAUUCUUUUCCAUUUGAUCAACAAUUUAAUAUUUUGAUGAGGUUUAUUGUAGAUCAGACCCAAACACCAAACCUUAAGGUGAAAGUUGCUAUCCUGAAGUAUAUUGAGUCCCUGGCAAGACAGAUGGAUCCAACAGACUUUGUGAACUCCAGUGAGACAAGACUCGCAGUGUCCAGAAUUAUAACCUGGACAACAGAACCAAAGAGCUCAGAUGUGAGAAAGGCAGCACAAAUAGUCCUGAUUUCUCUCUUUGAACUGAACACUCCCGAGUUUACCAUGUUACUUGGUGCCUUGCCAAAAACAUUCCAGGACGGUGCUACCAAGCUCCUGCACAACCACCUCAAGAAUUCCAGCAACACGAGUGUGGGUUCCCCCAGCAAUACCCUCGGUCGGACUCCUUCCCGGCACUCCAGCAGCAGAACCAGUCCCUUAACUUCACCUACCAACUGUUCCCAUGGGGGCCUGUCUCCAAGUAUGCUGGAUUAUGACACGGAGAACCUAAAUUCUGAUGAAAUCUACAGCUCUCUUCGUGGAGUCACAGAAGCAAUUGAAAAAUUUAGUUUCCGUAGUCAAGAGGACCUGAAUGAGCCAAUCAAACGGGAUGGGAAGAAAGACUGUGAUAUUGUGUCUCGAGACGGUGGCCUCGCGGUGCCUUCUGGUGACGUCCGCGGCAGCAGUGAUGUUGUGGAAGGGGGAAGGAUGGCCCUAGAUAACAAAACCUCYCUUCUUAAUACUCAGCCUCCCCGCGCAUUUUCAGGGCCCCGUGCUCGAGAGUACAACCCCUACCCCUAUUCCGACACGAUUAAUACUUACGACAAGACUGCCCUGAAGGAAGCGGUGUUUGAUGACGACAUGGAUCAGCUUCGGGAUGUACCCAUUGACCAUUCUGAUUUGGUGGCUGAUCUUCUGAAAGAGCUGUCUAACCACAACGAGCGGGUGGAGGAGCGGAAAGGAGCCCUCCUGGAACUGCUGAAGAUCACGCGUGAGGAUAAUCUUGGAGUCUGGGAGGAACAUUUCAAAACCAUUCUGCUUUUGUUGCUGGAAACACUUGGAGACAAAGAUCAUUCAAUAAGAGCCCUGGCACUGAGGGUCCUGAGGGAGAUCUUACGGAAUCAGCCAGCCAGGUUCAAGAACUAUGCUGAGUUGACCAUCAUGAAAACCCUGGAAGCGCAUAAGGAUUCCCACAAGGAGGUGGUCAGAGCUGCUGAGGAAGCUGCUUCUACCCUGGCCAGUUCGAUCCACCCGGAGCAGUGCAUCAAAGUGCUUUGCCCCAUCAUUCAAACUGCAGAUUACCCAAUUAAUUUAGCUGCCAUCAAAAUGCAGACAAAAGUCAUCGAGAGGAUUUCUAAGGAAUCAUUGCAUCAGCUCCUUCCUGAUAUUAUUCCUGGAUUGUUGCAGGGUUACGAUAAUACGGAGAGCAGUGUCCGUAAAGCUAGUGUAUUUUGCCUGGUGGCAAUUUAUUCGGUAAUUGGAGAAGAACUGAAACCUCAUCUCGCACAACUCACGGGAAGCAAGAUGAAGCUACUAAACUUGUACAUAAAGAGGGCCCAGACUACCAAUAGCAACAGCAGUUCCUCUUCAGAUGUUUCAACGCACAGUUAAUGAAGAUAUCCGGACAUGUGUAGACUUAGAAGCAAUCAACGGUGCCUCUCAGAGACCUUUCUGCUACUCUAACUUCACUGGCGUGCUCCAUCAGCUUAAGGAGGCCAUGCAGAUAUUUAUUGCAAUCAGUAUUUUAGUCCCUUAAAGCUUUUAUGUAGAAUCUUAUCGGUAUUGAAUGUAAAGGAAGCAAGGUCUGUGUUGCAGUCUUCAUUAAAAAAAGAAAAAAGUGAACAACAGAAAGCCAUACUUAAACAUAUUUGUAUAGCCUGCUGAAAUCUCUGAAAUAUGUUUAGGUUAGUUUUCCAAAACUGAGUCCAACAAGGUGGACAUGCGUAAAGGCCAAGCGAACCUUAGGUUAGUUCACACCCGGGUCUGGUUUCUGUGCUCUCUCCCCGUGGUUGCGGCCGCUCCGGCUGGAUUCUUCUCUCCUUGCCAGUGUUGUGGUCCCCUUUUGUAUGUCCUCCUUGGGGCCCGCCUAGCGUGCGGGAUGCUCCAUGAGGAGUUCUUUGCAGCUAGGGCUGUGGUUCCAGCCUCUGAUGCUUUAAUACUGAGAGAUAGCAAAUGAGUAAUGGAAAAAAGUAGGUUCUUUUUAAACAUCCGAGUUUUGUACAUAGUUCUGACAGACCUCUGAUGGGCUGAUUUUUCUGUAACUUCUCUCCAGCCAGCUGUGCAUUGUGAAACAGCUCUUGCUACUUUCAUUGACUCUGUAAAUACUUUCCUGCUCCCUGCCUCUUUGGCUCUUUCAUACACUCAAAAGGCACGUCAGGUACCUUGUAGCUUCUCGAAGAGAGCCUGAGAGGCGGUUCCGGGACUGCUUACGGUCUCUGAGGCCUGCGAUGGCACUGCAGUUUUGGGGCUGCCUUGGGCUCUGAGUGCACCCAUGGGCUGGCAGUCAGAGGCAGCAGGAUCGCAGGGCUGCCUUGCAAGAUGAGCUGUUUUUUAGUGGUCUGUACAUCAAGAGGGGCUGAUCUGCUGCUCUGACCAGACUCCCUGGUGUUGGGUGGUGAAGGGUCUUGUUCAUGAGCACUUCUCCUGUGCCCUGGGCAAGCUCUCCACUGCAGAUGACGGAAAGGGAAUCUUAAACUGGACAAAGCCCGUGGAGGUGCC